AUGAUUAGUGCAAGUGCUAGAAAUAGGUCUCCAUUCACAGCAACUCAGUGGCAAGAACUUGAACAACAAGCUCUUGUUUUUAAAUACAUGGUAACAGGAACACCCAUCCCACCAGAUCUCAUCUACUCUAUUAAAAGAAGUCUAGACUCUUCAAUAUCUUCAAGACUCUUCCCACAUCAUCCAAAAUACAUUGGGUGGGGAUGUUUUGAAAUGGGUUUUGGCAGAAAAGUAGACCCAGAACCUGGAAGGUGCAGAAGAACAGAUGGCAAGAAAUGGAGAUGCUCAAAGGAAGCAUAUCCAGACUCCAAGUACUGUGAAAGACACAUGCACAGAGGCAGAAACCGUUCAAGAAAGCCUGUGGAAGUUUCUUCAACAAGCAGCACCGCCACAAGCACCACACAAACAAUCCCAUCAUAUAACAGAAAUCUUUCCUUGAGCAACACCAACAUUCCUUCGGCAUCUUCUUUUCCUUUCUCUCCAUUGCCCUCAUCUAUGUCCUGUGACUCCCAACCCUUUUCACAAUCUUACCAAAACUCUUCUCUAAACCCCUUCUUUUACACCCAAUCAACCUCUUCUAGACCACCUGAUUCUGAUUUUCCACCUCAAGAUGCCACUACUCAUCAGCUACUUAUGGACUCUGGGUCUUAUUCUCAGGAUGAAAAGGAUUAUAGGAACGUUCAUGGAAUAAGGGAGGGUGUGGAUGAACGAGCUUUCUUCCCAGAAGCUUCAGGGUCUGCUAGGAAUUAUCCUGACUCAUAUCAACAACUAUCAAUGAGCUCUUAUAAGUCCUAUUCAAACUCCCAAUUUCAGAACAUCAAUGAUAACCCAAGACAGCAAGAGCAACAUUGUUUUGUUUUGGGUACUGACUUCAAAUCAACAAGACCAAGCAAAGAGAAAGAAACUACUGAGACAACCCAAAGACCCCUUCACCAUUUCUUUGGGGAAUGGCCACCAAAGAACACAGAUUCCUGGCUAGAUCUUGCUUCCAACUCCAGAAUCCCAACCGGUGAUGAUCCUAUGAAUGACGCUUUUGAUUAUGAGCUGGUGAAUACGGCCAAGAGAGACUUAUUGAUAAAGAUCAAUGUUUUGUGGCUGGGGUGA